GGUGGGGGCGGUGUUGCGUUGGAGAGGGUCUCUUCUGCCGGGGGUAGCUGGGAGCGCUCUGGUGGCCGGAGGCGGCUAGGGCCGCUUCUCUGGUGAGCGGCUCUGAGGAAAGCGGCGGGGUAGGUUGCUCUCCGCUGGCAGCGCAGGGUGGAGUGGAGUCGUUUGGAGUCUGGCGGCAGUGCCUCGAUUGCCUGCCGCCGGGGCUGGUAGGUGGGCUCCCGGUACGUGGCGCUCCUGCCCGCGAUCCUCGGGGCAGCGGUACAGCCGUGAUCUAUGGCUGUUCGGCUGUCAGUGAAUCGGACUGAUUCGCUGCUAAUGAGAGACUGCGGAGAUCGGUGGCCAACUCUCUUGCUGCCGUCAGUCUUCGGAAUAUGUAUGUAGAUUCAAGGUGGCUGUUUGUUAAGGAAUGAUAAAUCUUACGCAGCGAUCGUCUUGCGUGUUGCAGAUCGGUUAUAGCCAGCUCCCUUUCUAUCCUGGCAGCAACUACCAGAGCACUCGGGCCCGCGUCGCAAGGGGCUUUCCCUGGUGCUGGGGGAGGCUUCCCUGCGGGGUAGGUUGGCUGAGGCCUUUUGGCCACACUGGUACCUGAGAAGCCUAAUGCUGGAUUCGCUGUGGUCACCCCCAAACAGUCUGUUCCUUCUUACUUAACAACAGUCCCUUACAAAGGUGAAAUGUAUUGACAGUGGUGCAUAGAAGCUGAAUAGAAUUGUGAUGAAUGGAGACCAACUGCAGUCCUGUGGAGUUACCCAAUAAUACAGAGUUUGAAGAGGAUUCUGAUUAUAGAGACUUUGAAGGAACAGAUGUGAAAGAUAUGAGACUAGAAGCUGAAGCUGUUGUGAAUGACGUUCUGUUUGCUGUCAGCAACAUGUUUGUCUCAAAAACCCUUCCUUGUGCUGAGGAUGUGGCAUAUAUCAAUGUUGAAACCAGGGAAAGGAACAGAUACUGCCUGGAGCUCAGUGAAGCAGGACUCAGGGUAGUAGCUUAUGAUUUUGAUCAGGCUGAUGACAGAUUGCAAACUCCAUACCAUGAAACUGUCUACUCCUUAUUGGACUCUCUCAGCCCUGCAUAUCGAGAGGUGUUUGGGAAUGCAUUACUACAAAGACUAGAAGCUUUGAAGAAAGACAGUCAGUUGUGAUUUACCCACAUGCAAGGAAGUUUUCAUCUAGAAGGAAUUGUUAAUAUGAGGCUCCGAGAUCUUUCUUACAAACAUCUUAAGCUUCAUUUUUUGCGUUAAUAUCAAAUUCAUGCUAGUACUACUCUAUAAAAUCUCCUACAAUGGAUUUGCAUAUAUCACAAUGCUAUUAAAAGCAACUUUGAUAAAUAACAAGCAUUUCUUAAUUUUACUUUUUUGUUGUGUGUGAGCAAGUUGCUUCUUACAACCUUCAAAAAAAUUGGUCUCUUUACAGAGUUAUUAUCCAAACAUAAAAAAAAGACUGAAUGUUAAAUAUACAAGUAUUAAUUUUUGUGUUUGUGCUUGCUGAUAGUUUAUCAUAUCUGCCCUUUAAAAUAGAAGCUAACUACUUGCUCUACCCAAAUAAUGAAAAAUAAUUGGGAAAACUACUGUUCUGCAAAGAACAGAAUUUUAGCUUAAUUUGCUGCACAUUUAUUAAGAAGAAACCUGGUUCUUCAACAGUCAAACAUUGCUUAUAUAGUGACAGUAUCUGAGUUAAAAGCAAGCUUUGGUUUUAUUUGAUCAGUCCUCGUCUAUACCAACCAGCAAUCUCCAAAUAAUAAAUGAGAUGUACUGCUAAUAUAUGAAUGUAUUAUCUGAGUUGCAAGAGUUAAGCACAGAGUUUGGAUGUAAUGGGCUACAUUUCCUAAAUAUGAUGUUAUAUAUGCUGUAUAUAUAUGUAUGUUAUAUUGUAACUGUAUGGGAGGCUUGAAAGACAUUUCACUAUUCUGAAUGUGUGCUUACAUAAUGUACAGGAUAUACCGAAGAGUAUUUUUACUUCAGCCUUUACUUUCUAUAAUACAGUACUUUAGCACUCCUGUUUUUCACAUUUUAUCCUUUUAAUUGUACAGCAUCCUCUCCUAAUGAAUACUAAGUAAGCACUGUAAUUUUAAUUGCAUUGUAUUGGUUUGAAACCAAAGGCUGUAUGAAAUUUGCUAAGACUAAUACAAACUGGAAGAGAUAACUUGUAUUUUCUACUUGAAAACUGGUACAAAUCUCUUUAUGAAUCUAUUGUUCUGCUAUAACUUUUCAAGUAUGUACUGAAUGGUAAACUUUUUUAAAAUUGCAGUUGGUUAGAAAUACCAGUACUGUUGAACUAACAUUCUGUGAUUAUCAUACUUUUUGUAUUCUUGUAUUAUUCAGUAUUUGUGCAUAUUUAUUUAAAUAAUCCUGCCAUGCUUUUGUGAUAAGUACAGGCAGUAACUUUUUUGGGGCCACAGAUUCCAGUGACUUCAGUAGAGCUAUAUUGUCUUCUACCUGCUAAGGGUUAUUCAUGUUAAUUGGAGAAGGCUUGUAGCGUUUUUGUAGUAGCUUUGGGGUAGUGAUGCACAGCUGUGACUGACAAGACAACUGUAGGUAGUGCUUCUGUUUUCCAGAGCUUGUUAUCUUUUUAGGUUGAAACUUCUGCUAUUAAUCCUCUGCCCUAGGAUAUGCUUCCAUGCUCUAAAAAUUGUUCAUAGGCUCUCUUUUGCACACAGGUCUGUGGUAUGUGGUUGGUCCUCUGUGAGGAGAAUGUACUUUACCAAAUUUAUAUUUGAAUAUUUUUCUGUGCAACUAAUUUACUUGAUCAAUUUCUGUAACUAAAGCAUUAAAUAAGUAAA